AUGUCAGACCCGGGUCGCCUGGACACAGGAAAAGAAGCCAGGAGCUCUGCUUCGGCAGCCUCAGGUCAACCAAGAACCCAUCCGCAGAGAAAUUUGACUGCGCGGAGGCCUGAACCACCUUCUGCAAGCCCCGGUACACCUCCGUUUGCACGUCAAGCAGCCGCACCGUCAGAGGCCUCUCAGGUGUCUGGUCUGACUAACAUAGCAAGCCAGCAGAGUAGGCGCAUAGCGGGGACAGCGGGUUUGGUGAAGCAGCAACAUAGUAUCUCAACUAACCCAGCUAGCUCCCAGAGCUGCCAUACAACAGGGACACCGCGCUCAGGAUCCCGUCGAUAUAAUGACUCAACUGGUGUAAUCCAACCGCAAAAUGUCGCUCAUGCUACAAGUGAGGUGACACCGACAUUACGAGGAGGGGAGCACCAUCAAAGGCCAGGUCUGUUAGCAGUAAGCGAGAGUCGAGGGCUUCGUUCCAACGAAGUAGGCAGGCAGAGCCCAGCAUCUAGAAGAAGGCGGCAAGAUUGGACGAAGUCUGCCGCUGGCCUGCCUUCGGUAGCCAAGACAGGAGAGCAAUUCCGGCCGGAUCCAAGACAAACCACUCGGAAAGUGCCAGGCGCCAACCAAUCCGAUAGAGCGCGGGCACACAACAGCAAGAUCGGUAUUGGUAUUGAGACAGAAUUUUUGCUUGCAGCCCGUCAACUCAAGCAUAAGGCGAAUACUAUCGAGGAGUUUGGGAAGAUCGCUGCAAUCAAUCACAAUGACUGCGUAGCCAGUCAGCAUCCCAGAAUGGGUAAGAAUGUCCUAUCGUAUCCUCCGGAAAGGGCUGUCUUCGACCAAUGGGUUUUGUCAGAAGAUCCAACUAUCUCAAGGGGAUACGAACCAUGGGGAGUGGAGAUGGUUUCGCCGAUUUUUGUGGCCUAUUGCGGUUCACCAUGGCGAACACAUGUCGAAUCUACCUGGAACUACCUUCAGCAGUAUUAUAAGAUAACAGAAGACGACAGCUGCGCCACUCAUAUCCACGUCUCGGUCGAGGGCGGUUAUUCUUUCGAAGAGAUAAAGCGCGUCGCUCGUUCCGCCAUACAUUUCGAAGCAGCCCUUGACGCACUAGUGCCUUCGGUACGUAGAGGAGGAAACUGUGAAUGGGCUAAAAGCAGUUGGCUUGAUUCCGAACAUCUUGCCCUCAAGGAUAGAUCUCGAGAACGGUCCAUGAUAUUUCUUGACACUGUCAACGAUUUCUUCAGUUUCUUGAGCGUGAUGAAUCCGGACGGAGAAAGAGGCUACACUUGGAACUUUCAUAGUAUCGAGAAAUUCUACACGAUAGAAUUUCGCAAGCCUCCAGCUAGCAUUACGGCCAACCAGGUCCUCAGCUGGGCUGAACUCGCAAUGUCCUUUGUUCAGGCAUCGAUUAGGUAUGGAUCGCUGGAGAAAUUGCGGAGAAUUCCAUCAACCACUGGAGGUUUGUGUUGGUUUUUAGAGCAGUGCAAUGUUCCUGGAUUGAACGAGCAUCAUCGAUUGCACGGAUUUUGGGAAGGCAGGGAUGCGCGUGCAUUCGAACAGCCUACGCCUAUGAGACUCUAUCUGCUUCCAGAAGAGGAGAAGGUGCUUGACAAGAGGAGAAAGCUGGACCAAGGUCAGACAUUAAUGAACGCGAUGAAAAGAGCGCCAUACUGGCAAAAAGACGAAUAG